UUCAAUGGAAUUAUGUGUUUUGUGCUAAACAUGUUCCUGGUGUGGAUAAUGCUAUAAGCGAUGCUCUCUCACGAUUGCAGAUAGCCAGAUUUCGUCACCUAGCACCAGAUGCAGAGUGUCACCCAACCCCUUGUCCUCAGCUGACAGACCUGAUGUACCCGUAACCCAUGGCGGAACUAUCGAGACAGACAUGGAACUUUUGUGGUUAUCAGCUGUGUCUACCAGAACAUAUCAGGUCUACCAAUCAGGAGUUAACGCAUUUCUGACUUUCAUGACUAUGCAGGGGUUCGUGUGGACAACUACUUUACCUCCUAUCUCGGAAGACAUUCUCAUUAGAUUUGUGGCACACUGUUAUCGUAGAUUGUUGCUGCAAUAUUCUACCAUUAAAUCAUACCUGUGUGGCAUUCGGAUUAGGUAUUUACAAGUGGGUUUACCUAACCCUUGGACAUCCGGUUCUUUAAUUCGGUUGCAAACUAUUGCGCAGGGGGUUAAGAGACAUCAAGGGCUGUCCACAUCACCUCGCUUGCCAAUAACAACUCCUAUCUUAACUAAGAUGUGUAUGGCUCUAAAUCAUGGUGUUUUUGAUCCCUACACCUGUGUACUACUGAAAGCAGUGUGUUGUCUGGCUUUCUUCGGAUUUCUCCGUUGCGGAGAAUUUGCUUGUGACACUGACAACUUUAAUCCAGUUUACAAUCUUACCCUUAGAGCUGGGCAAUUCUCCAGGAUCUCGGCUACAUUCACCUUGCUGUUGGCAGCGUCCAAGACAGAUCCAUUCCGGAAAGGAGUCACCAUCACCUAUACAGCCACGGGCAAUUGUGUAUGCCCUGUAGCUAGUAUGCAAGCCUACCUCGUUCAUCGCCAUCGCUAUGCUUUGCAUAAUACUGAUCCUUUAUUUGUGACUGUAGAUGGCAAGGUAUUAGGCAGGACAUAUAUCAUCGUGCAACUUAAGAAACUAUUAAGACUGUGUGGUUAUGAUGACAAUGCCUAUAAUGGUCAUUCCUUUCGAAUAGGAGCCGCUACAUCAGCAGCCAGUGCUAAAGUACCAGAUCACCUCAUACAAGUCCUUGCUCGGUGGUCAUCUUCUUGUUACACCAGAUAUAUACGUACACCUCAAGAUGUUUUGUGGCGUGCUCAAAAAGAUAUGGCUUAUCUUUGUUAACAUGUGGCUAUAAUACCCUUCUCCACAUCGCCCAGUGUAUAUAUUCAUGUUAGAAUUUAUCUGUAAAACCUUUUCUUCAAGUGUAAUGUAUUUUCAUGAUUAUAUAGCAUAUUUCUUGAUUCCGAUACACAUGGUAGUUCACUACAUAUUCUUAUGAUUUGUUGUUUGUUUCUCUUGAUACAGGUUAGAAGAUAAUUACCACCUUGGUUAUAGGGCAUACAUUUGUUAUGUCCUUGUAUGACUAUGACCAGUUUAAAUUCUGUGUAUUUAUUUUUGGGGGAUUCUCAUUUAAAAAAAGUUAAAUAUAGGCAUAUUUCUUAAUUCUUUCAUGUUCAUUUGGCAGAGUAUCCGCCUGUAGUUGCGGAUAUUCAUGGCCCCAAAAAUAUUAGUAUUUUCACCACUAGGCCUGGUCAUCUAAGCGCUUGAGACUGCAGGGCGUUUCCCCUCAGGAUGGGGUCGAGUGGUUUGCUGUAUUUACAUAAGUAAUGGGAAUCCCCCAGCCCAAAUGAAUAAAUCAUUAUUAUUUGUAUGUUUGCUGUUCUCUUGUGUGUCAGUAUAAAUUAUUACUCAGGAAUUUGAGUCGAGUUUAAAGUGACACACAACAUUUGCUUAUGACAUGUACAAUGUAUGAGUACGUACCUUAGGAUUGCAUGUGUCUUUUAUACACUACAUCUAGUCUUUAUUUAUUGUUAAGUAUGUUUCUUACAGUUACAGAUUCACGUAAUUGGACUAUGGUAGUUAUAUUUAGAAUGCAAGGGCAGUAACUCGCACCGCACAUCUCAUCUGCGCAUUGCGAUGCUCAUGUUCCUGAGUUGUUUUGUUCACAAUCGCCAUUGUUCUGUUGACACCCACCUCUGUGGUAAUCAGAUCUAGUCUACUUGGUAUAACAAUUGAUAAACAUGCAUGUAUAAUGCUUUAUACUGGGGAUUCCCAUUCUUGUGUGAAUAUUUUAUCAGAUUUAAUAAUACAUCUCAUCAAUUACUUAAUUACUCUGUCAAUCUACUUAUAUCCAUUAACAUUUCAUUCCAUGUGAGUUGUUCUUAUUAUCUAAUAUUUGUCAUGCUAACCUCUCUUGCCCAGCGCUUGGGUCCUAAAUUCCACUGUUGAAGGCGUUUCCCUCCGUAGUUAUGUAUUUUCGGAAAUCACUAUUGAAUGCGUUUUCCCUUCGCAGCUUUAAUAUGUAAUCUACUGUUGAAUGCGUUUCCCUUCACAGCUAUGUUAUCUGUAGUCCACUGUUGAAGGCGUUUCCCUUUGCAGCUAUGUUAUCUGUAAUCCACUGUUGAAGGCGUUUCCCUUCACAGCUUUUAUCUGUAAUCCACUGUUGAAGGCGUUUCCCUUCGCAGCUAUGUAAUCUGUAAUCCACUGUUGAAGGCGUUUCCUUUCACAGCUAUAAUCUGUAAUCCACUGUUGAAGGCGUUUCCCUUCACAGCUAUGUAAUCUGUAAUCCAUUGAUGAAGGCGUUUCCCUUCGCAGCUAUGUAAUCUGUAAUCCACUGUUGAAGGCGUUUCCUUUCACAGCUAUAAUCUGUAAUCCAUUGUUGAAGGUGUUUCCCUUCCCAGCUAUAAUCUGUUAUCCACUGUUGAAGGCGUUUCCCUUUGUAGCUAUGUAAUCUGUAAUCAACUGUUGAAGGCGUUUCCCUUCCAAGCUAUGUAAUCAGUAAUCCAUUGUUGAAGGCGUUUCACUUCCCAGCUAUAAUCUGUA